UCAGUAGUCAGCACGAUCCACUCGGAUCCAGGUGCAUUUAUUUUUUUGAAUGUUUCUAAUCGAUAAAGAAAUUCUGUUCUAUUACGUACUUAAUUGUUAUUCUAAAAUUUUAUUCUGAGUUACCAGUUUUUCAGUGUCGUUAACUACGUGUACGUUCAAACUUUCUUGAAUGAGUGACUUAAGUUUGUAAACCUUCCUUGUUAUCCAAGCAAGAGUGAUCGGGGACUGCAGCUGUUGGCUGAAGUCUGAAUGCUAGUGGAAUUUUUCUUGUUAGUGUUAUGGCGGAUCAAGCUCCCACUGGAGAUGUACCAUCCCUGGCGAGUGUGCAGCCACCUGUCUCCAGUUCAAGUAAAACCGAUACAGAGACGAAAAAAUUGAAGACGGUUAGGGCCACCAGACCGAGAGGGAAGACUGUGCGUCCUGAUGACUCCGCGAAGAAACUCAGAACAUCUCCUGCCUCACAUCGCAGCCUCGAUGCGAUUGUGGAAGACGCCGAACCGUCUGCGUCUUCGCGGCCACCUUCAUCGACACCUCAGCUGGCUGUCCCGGACACCAAGGCGGCAGGGGAUGGGACUCCUAAUGUUGGUGCGAGUAGUAAACCGAGUUUAUCUCCUCCCGACGAGCCCGCGAUGAAAAGCGCUGCCAGCACGGCUCCUUCGUCUCCUGGCCUUCACAAACUGGACACUUCCCAUUCGUCUUCGGUGGCAGAGGAUUUUGAUCUGGAGGAGCUCUGUCGGAAGAAGGGAUUGAAGCGAGUAUUUGCGGUAUUUAACGACGAUGAUAAUGCGGAAAGCGAAGUCGAACGGAUGCCCGAGAAACUGUUUACUAGGAAUGUCAUGGUUAAAGUCUUCGAUCAGUGCAGAAAGAUCGUCAGUUCCUUGGAUAAGCUACAGCGCCAUUUCGGUUUGAUAAAGGAUAAGUUGUACCGAGCACGAUGCCUUGGUAUGGAUCAGGGCAUCGAAGCCGUUCAGAAAGGCGAAUCUCCUUUCUUGGAGCAGCACAUGCUGAAAAUAAACCGCACCUGUGAGGAAGAAUUGAAGAAAGCCAAAGAUCUCCUUUCAGUCCGUAUUGACUCAAUUAAUCUGGAAUACGACUCGGCAGUGAAGGCGCUCUGGGAGUCCAUCGAGACCGAAGUGGAGCGGAAGCAGCGUUUGAGAAAGGUGCGCUUGGUGGAAAAUAUGAUCCAGCACGAAAGCGACUUCAUGCAGACGCAACUACGCCAUCUUUGUACGCAGCUGAAGAAUCAGCUAAAAAACGGUGGUCCUGUGACAACAGUAUUCAACGGAGUCUUACUUAACACGGGAACCGAAGUAUCCAUUGAGGAAUCCGUAGCGGAUGUGUGGAAGAUAAUGAAGACAUCUAUUCGACAGAAAUACUGGAAUCGAUAUUUAUCCCCGGAAGCGGAAGCGCUUACCGAGGACAAAGAACGCACCGCUAGACGGAAACUAAUCCAUAAUGUGCUUGUUAAUCAGCAAGCGGAGACGACCAGUGGAGAGGCGAAAGCUCUGAAACGGUCUGCAGGACCGAUAAAUGAAAAUUCAUCAAAAAGGAAGAAAGUUGUCAACAGCCGCAAUAAGGAUUCCGGUCAAUCAAAAGCCGAUAAUGAAGUAUCAACAGGUAUCGCUGCAGAAGGAUUUCAAGUUCAUCCGGUUCCGGAAGUUGAUGUUCAUCCUGGUGGUCCUUCUAGUACCGCGGAAAGGGAUGCGACAUCGGAAAGAAGUAAUUAGUUCAAUGAUGGAUCUGCUUAAGUUCAGUGAAUUGCCUGUAAAAGAAUGGGUGAUUUGUAAGUGUUAUUAGUGACCUUUGUACCUGCAUUCCGUUGCGCUGUAUUUAUUGUUUUAGGAAAGCUUUUGAGAUUGGUUUUGAAGAUUUGCAAGUUAAUUUGGUUUAUAUCUGUCUCGUUCGGAAUUUUCUUGGUUACUUCAAAGUAUUUGGACUUGUUAGUAUUAAAUUACAGUAAAAGGUA